CUGGUACCUUUCUGAGAUCAUUUUUUUAUUCUUAGACAUGAAAUUAUAAAUCAUUUAGCCAUGGUCUAAGUGGCCCAUCCUCAGAAGGACAGAGUCGUGCAGAAACAAGGGGAGACAUUCACAUAAACACGUCCCACAACUAUCAUACUUAUCAUGUUUGUCAUCAGACAACUCAGGUAAACAGCUGCUCUUAAACACAGUCACCUGACAAACGGCAUCCUCAGUUCCCCUUCAGUCACCCAUCACACAUGAAAACAUGUACUGUGUGGUGUCAAAUCCAAUUACGCAUCUCUGCCGCAUGCCUAUAAAGCUGGAAUGUUUUUCUUGUGUGCUGAACCAAUCAGCUGCUGGACGGUCCAGAGCGACUCUGCAGUGACUGGUCAAAGUGAUCAGGAGGGUGGAGUGGGAUGUUUAGAAGGAGGGAUUUGUGUUGUUUAGGACAACCCCGCCCCCUCCCGUCCCAAGUCAGCCAUACCCGCUUUAAUUGUUUUAUCGUGCUAGAGAGACCGACUUUAUUCUGGCAGGGAGGAGAGUGCAGCUUUACUCCUGUGAAGUAGUGGACAAACUAGUGUGGAUGGAGCAAGACAUCUUUCUCCGUCUCUUCCUCGCAUACCAAGUCAGACUGACUUUAUUAUCAUUCACCGGCUCCCACUUUAUUUUGUUCUCUGCAUCUGGAGUGACUGACUGAGAGGAAAGAGGAAGCAGCAGGUUCAUUAGCCUCGGAGGAAGAGAGUGAGGCUGCCCCGAAACAGGACAUCACCAGAAACCAGAUCAAGAUCCGCAGAAGACAGCCAUCAUGUGUGACUGUUUUCACCUGGCAUUUCCCAACUGGCAUGCAUCAGCCACGGGUGAAGGGCGAAGGCUGAAGGCACCAGAACAAGACACAGAAGAUGAUUUAAUGCCAUGUGAGGAACCUGAAGCUUUAGAGGAGGAAAGACCUCGUCCUCAGGGCUCCUCUCCUGUUGAGGAAUUCCCCACCACAGAAAAAUACGAAAAACAGGCUGAAGGUGACUUCUAUGACUCACCCACCAAGAGUUCCAAAAAAAGCAAAAGGAUUGGUUUCGGCGGACUGUUUGACAAGCGUUCCUCUGCCAAGAUGAAUCAAACAGAGGACAUGCAAAAUGAUCAGUCAGAAAUGAUAGUGAAAACUGAAAAAGAAGUCUGUGCUGAGGGUUUGGUUGUAAGUGGAGGGGGAAAGGAUGGCCUCUUCAUCAAGGAAGUAAAACCAGAGUCACCUGCCUCAAAGCAUCUAAGCGUGAAAGAGGGUGAUCAGAUUCUUAGUGCUACAGUAUACUUUGAUGAUGUGUCAUAUGAAGACGCCCUCCGGAUUCUUGAGCAUGCUCAACCAUAUAAAGUGGCUUUCUGUCUAAAACGCAAACCACCUCCAAGAACCCAGGAAGAAGCUGAGACAAUGAGGCCAGAUAUAACCAUUGGUGAGGAGGCUGAGCGAGAAGAGGAAGGAGGAGGACCAGAAAUGAGAGGUAGAAGAAAGACGAAAAAACAAUAUGAUCGCAUUUCUUGGCCCAAAUUCCCCACCUUUAGCAAAGGUCGCAGGGCGAAUUUUAAGAGAUCUCACAGCACAUCAGAAGCAGAAGAACAGAGAAAAUUAGAGAUAAGUCCACCAACAAGUGACACAGAAUCUCCUCUUAAGUCUCCAUUAAAAUCCCCAGAUGGAAAAGAGAAGAAAAAGACACACAAAAUGAAACUUAAGAUGAGGAUGGCAGGCUGCAGGAGCAAGUCUGUUGAAGAAACCCAAGAAAAUGAAGAGGUGCCAACAACAGACAAUAUGGAAGUCUUGGACAACCAAAUUAUUAUGAAUAUAGCUGUAGAGCCAGGGACUAAUGUGCUAGAGAGCCCUAAAAUCUUGAAUGAAGCUGAAAAUACUGACGCAACUAAAGAAAGGAAUGAAUAUACAUUCCUGACUUCGCCAGCGACUGAAUCACUGCAUAAGGCUGAGCUCAUCAGUUUGGACACUACUUUAAAGACUACUGAUAUUACAGUUGCUCUUGGAGAGGAUGGAAAAGAAAGGAAAGAGAGAUCAGAACUGAGGGUUAGUACUCCAGGAAAGGAUAAAUAUGAAAUAGAAACAGAGAGCCAAUUAAAAUCCUCCACAAGUGGCAUGCGAACUUCGGAUACAUCAGCAUUCGACAAUAUUAUGGAUAGUCCUAAUGUAAUAUCACAAAUUGAAGCAGUUGGGCAUCAAGUUGAUUCCGAUGGCAAACCAUUAACUAAAGAGGUUUUAGAGAAGACACAAAAGUCAGAAGAAAUGGACAUGGACAUACCUAAAGUUGAGGUUUCUCUUGACAUGCCAGAUGUAGGACCAAUGAGCAAAUCACCAAGAAAUGGCAGCGACAAGGAAAAGAAAGAAAGAAACGUUCUAGAAACAGAAAGUUAUGGGAUUCGAACUAGGGGACCAAUGGCAGAUAUAGCCACAUCAAAGAGUCAUUUUGCAAACACAGUAAACAGACUAGAAUUUACACCAGACACUUUUGAGAUUCAAACAAAACAAGAUGUCUCUUCAACAGUCAUGGACACAAAGAAACCAAUCACUCCAACACCAGUUAUAUCCCAGCCAAAAUCACAUGCUCUGGAAGUGGACAAAAGCGGGAAGAGUAUUGGGGGUAGCACAGACAUUGAAGUAACAACAAAAGCAAAUAUUGAAUCAAAUUUUAAACUACCUAAGGUGGAUCUCUCUGAAUUCAACCAGGAAGACUUGAUAACUAUAAGACAAAGAGACCCAAACAAAGUGCCUCUCCUGAAACGAGAGGAAAUUGAGAUUCCUGGCAUGGAGGACAAAGGAUCAAAAGCCAAGCUUAAGUCUCCUAGAAUUAAGGAACAAAAAAUUGAGAAGAUAAUAAAUAUCUCAAAAGCAGGAAAACCCCGAGCUCAUGGGGAAGCAGAAGAGUUUAAUGUUGAGGAUGUAAAAGAAGCAGUAUCAAAAUUCCCUGCCUUUAAAUUACCUGAGAGAGAUAUCACAGGAGUCCUUGUACAGAGAGAGAUCAAAAUCAUGGAAAUGAAAACAGACAAGACUGGCAUGACACCUAAAGGAUCCCCUUGUAAAAUUUCGAGCAUGAGCACAGAAAUAAACAUUAAGUUGCCUGACACAAUGGAUAAAGAAGAACAGAGACUUUCUCCUGUUGCUUCAAAAGAUCAAGCCAUCCUGUUACCUAAAAGUGAACAAUUUCAUCUUGACGAAACCGGUAUAACUGAGAGCAAAAUAGACAAAUCAAAAAUUAAGCCAGCAGACCACAAACCAAAAACUGGCAAAAUGUUAGCGAGGGAUAAAAUAAGUACAUCCUCAGAUGUAAAAUUCAAACUUCCAAAGCGUGAAGACAUUGAAAUACCAGGAAUGGAAGCCAUUGAACAAUCAGUUCAACUGCAAAAAAUCAAAGUAGCCAAAGAUACAGACACUCAAGAUGAGGCUGUGAAAGACUACACUGAUACAGAUAUCAAAGCUGACAAAAAAAGACAUGAAAAGAAAUCAAAGAAAACAAAGGUAUCAAUGCCUAGUUUUGGGAUCAUGACUCCUGACAUUCACUUCCCUGGUUUCGCGAUUGAAUUACCAAUAAAGGCCACAUCAUCUAAAAGAGAUGAUGAUGAAAUUAAGGAGAUGAAAACUGGAGCAAAAAUAUCUCUUGAUGAAGAACAUGUCUUUGAAAAAUCUCAAAAAGGUGAAAGCUGUGCACCUGAGCAUGAAACUAAAAAAGCACAUGAUAUAGAGGGUGAUCUAACAAUCAAACAUGACGUUUGCAUUGGCACUGUUAAGGAAACCUCAAAACAAGAUGUUGAAGGAGAACUGAAGGCUGAAAUCAAAAGCAAAGACACAGAUACCUCUCCACAUAAAAAGAAAAUGCCUAAAUUAAAAAUGCCCAAACUUGGAGGGAAAUCUAUGAAAGGAACAACUGAAGUCACCACAAAAGAGGAUGUUACAGUGGAAGAAAAUGAAAUAAUAGAGGUUGUAUUAGAUUCUGAGAAGAGAACAUCUGAGACUGAUCCUAAAGCAUAUAGUUCAGAAAAGGACAAAAACUGGAGUAAAUUAAAAAUGCCAAGCAUAGAUGUUUCUGUUCCAAAAAUGAAAAUCCCCAAGACAGAGGGAAAAUCAAAGCAGGAGGAAACUGGGCUCUCAACACCUGAAAUUCAUGCAGGUGUUGAAUGUAGCAAAGACUACAUUUCUAGUGAGACUACACAAAAGCCGAAAAAAGAAAGGGUUGGGAAAGUUGACAUGAAGGUUGAGGCUGUGGAAGAUGCUCGAGAGGAGAGUGGAUUUACACUGAUCAAGUUUGGUAUCGCAUUGCCAACGGAGAAAACAGAAGAAGGUGGUGUGUUACCAGAGGAAUCUAAAAAAUCCAUCAUCAAGGUUAGUGGAAAAACUGAAGUGGAGCCAUCUGAACUACCACAAGCUGAAAUAAAAGAAACAGAGUCUAAAAUGAAGAAAAGGAAAAUAUCAUUUCCCAAAUUUGGAUUCUCUAAAUCAGAUACUAAAGUAUCUGAUGCUGACAUAACUCUUCCAGCUGCACAGGUCUCUUUACAAGGUGCAGAUGGGACAGAACUAGAUGUUGAAAGUAAGACAACAGACAUAGAAGCUGAAUUCAAGGAUUCAACAGAUUCUCCCACAAAAUUUAGACUUCCCACGAUUAAACUUCCCAAAUUUGGAGUUUCAUUUCCAAAGACAACAGACGCUGGGGCUGAUAUUCAAAUGCCUGAAGUCAGCACAGAUGAAACUACAAAGGAUGUUAAAUUGCCUGAAGCUAAAUUAUCUGUAGAAUCUACAGCACUAUCUGACACAAAAGGCCUGGAGAUGACUCUCAGUGUAUCCAAACCUGAAGUUGACUUGUCUGUACCUGAGGGAAAAACAGAAAUCAAAGGUAUUAGCAUUCCAAAAGUAGAUGGCUUUCAGAAAAAAGAAAUAAAAUCAUCUGAAGAUAUUUCAUUUUCUAAACCAGAGGUUGAUGCUAGUCUGACUUACCAUAUUGGAGAAAUUCCAGCUGCUGAGUUUUCAAAACCGGACAUCAAAGCUGCAGACAUUGAUGUCAGUCUUCCACAGAUUGAUGUAUCCAUUCCAGAAGGUUCUGUGGAAAUAAAAGAGUCAGAUGUGAAUUUCACAAUUUUAAAGGAUGAUGCUGAACAUAAAGAUCUAACAACUGGUGGUACACCAGUAAAGUUUAAACUCCCCUCUUUCAACUUACCAAAAUUUGGUGGGAAAUCAUCCAAGGUAGUGAAAGACAUGCCCUUUGUAGAUAUAGAUUUUGAAGAACCUGAUGUAAGCCUUCCCGAAACACAAAUAAGCAUGAAAUUAGAAGAUGAUGCAGAAGGUCAAUGUGUUAGUGUAGACAAGGAGGUUACAGUUACACAGCAUAAAUUUGGCAUUAGCCUUCCAAAGGUUGAAGCCCGCAAGCCAGCUGAUAGUAUGGACAAAGAAGAAUCAAUUAUAGACACCAAAAAAUCAAAUGCAGAGUCUGACCAUGCUCAGAAAGAUCCAAGAUCUCCAACAAAAAUGAAACUUCCCACAAUUAAAUUUCCAAAAUUUGGUGUCUCAUUUCCAAAAUCAACAGAUGCAGACUUUGACAGUCAAAUGACUGAAGUCACCACAGAUGACCCUACCAUGGAAAUUAAAGUGCCAGAAGCUGACCUGUCUGGAGAACUGCCAUCAUUACCUGAAAUGAAACCCCCACAAAUUGUUCUAAGUGUUUCAAAACCUGAAGUGGAUAUAUCUACAACAGAGGUAGAAAAGGCUUUUGAUGCACACUGUGAAAAGAAAAAAGAAAAGGUAUUGUCUCCCGACCGUGCAUUUUCUAAACCAGAGGUUAAGAUGAGCCUUGUAGGUCAUGGUCUUGAUCAGGAAGCAACUAUAGAAGAUCUGAAAGUGCAAGCCGAGAAACUUGAGAUGGAAGUCAAAGUUCCUUCAGGUACAGUAGAUGUAGUCAUCCCUGAGGCCAAAGAAAAAGAGAGUGAAAUUAAACUUAAAAAACGUAAAAUGUCAUUUCCAAAAUUUGGCUUUUCCAAAUCUGAUACUAAGAUCCCUGAGGCUGACACCAGUCUUCAAAAAGAAGGAAUAUCUGUGCCAGACACUGAGAUCAAGGAGACUGAGGUGACGAUUCCUGCUCCAGAGGUUGAAGUCCAGUUGAAAACCAAAAGUACUUCUGGUUCUCCAUCUAAAUUCAAGCUUCCAACAAUUUCUCUCCCUAAAUUUGACAUUUCCAUUUCAAAGACUGGAGAAGAGUCUAUUGCAAAAACUGAUGAUGAUGCACAGUCAGAAAUAAAGGCAGCAUCAGCAGUUGCAUCACAAGAUAAAGGUACAGGAGAUAUAGAACCAUCAAAAGCAACUUUCGAAUCCCUACCGGUGGAUGCUGAAAUAAAGAUUCAAGACACUGAUCCUGGAGGUCAAGGGAGUCGAUUUAUGAUGCCCAAAUUUGAAUUUUCAUUUCCAAAGCUAAAGGGACCAGAAUUUAAAAAGGGUGCAUCAAGAACCGAUGUAGAAAAACUAGAGGCUACACUUAAACAUGACAUUGAGAGUGCUGAGGGAAAAGCAGACGAAAAGCAGAAGGCUUCUUUGAAAAUGGAGGUAACAAUGAAAAAGCCAGAAGUGCCAAGCUCAGAGCAUGAAUUUUCUAAACAAGAUGUUAAAGCUCCAGAGAUUAAUGUUGAGAGAGGUGAUACAUCUAUGGCAGUAGGUGAAGUGGAUGUGAAUCUUGAGUCUGACAUGAAUAUUCAAACAACAGAGAUGUUAAAAGAUGAUUCAACCACCGGAGGGUCACCGUUCAAAUUCAAACUUCCUACUUUCAAACUACCCAAAUUUGGAAGUUCAUCUUCCAAAGUAAAAACUGAAAUAACAGAUUUGAGGGGUGAGGAAAUUACUUUGGAGGCUGAAGAUAUAUUUACAUCAGGAGAAGCAUCAGACUUACAAAUUGACUUUAAUGUGCCCAGUCAAGAGCUGAAGAAACCCUCAAUCAGUGUUGAUCAGCCAAAGGUAGAUACUGGAGGUCAAUACACCCUGUCACUUACAGAGGCCAAAUCAUCAAAGGCAGAAGUUGAUAUUUCUUUACCAGAGACAAAACUCGGGGAACUGUCAGCUAAAGCGGAAGUACCACAAGCUAAAAUAGAAAGCAAAAUAGAUCAAGAAGUUGAUUUAAAAGACCCAGGUAUAAAAAUGAAAAGACAAGGCUUUUCCUUUCCUAAAUUUGGAUUUUCUAAACCAGAUAUCAAGGCCCCAGAGACUGAUGUCAAUCUUGCACAAGUUGAUACCCCUGAACCAGAAGGUGAUGUGAAAUUGAAAGAAAGUAUCAAUAUCACAGUGUCAAAUGUUGAGGCUGAGCAAAAAGAUACAACAACUUUUGGUGCCACAACAACAUUUAAACUCCCUUCAAUCAAUUUCCCAAAGAUUGGAGGACAAGCUAUGGAGGAAGAGAAAACAAUGCCAGAUGUAGAUAUAGCUGUUAAAGAACCUGAAGUGAGCAGUCCAUAUACACAAAUAAAAAUAUCAGGUGAAGCCCCAUCAGUUGACAUAAAGGGACCUCAUCUAGCAACAGAGGGUCAAUCUGUAAGUGUGAACUUAAAGGUUGAGGAUGCUGAACUUGUAGGACAGGGUGGGAAGCUUAAGAUGCCAAAGUUCGGUAUUGACCUUCCUAAAGUAAAAGGGCUUGAUUUAAGUGCAUCAAAGACAGAGGAUAUGGCUGAAGUACAGGAAAUUGAUCUUAAAAAAACAGAGAUAACAACUGAGGGGAAAAUUCACCCACCAGAACGUGAUUCUAAAGGCCUAGAUGUGAAGAUAAAAACACUACCCGAAUUUGGGGUUUCAAAACCAGAUGUAAAAGCCCCUGAGGUUGAUGUAAGUAUCCAAAAAACUGAUAUCUCCAUACCAGAAGGCAGUAUGAACCUAGAUGAAGCAAAUAUGGACAUUAAAGUGUCAAAGGUGGAGUCUGACCAAAAGGGUUCAACAAUUUUUGGAUCUCCAACAAAGUUUAAACUCCCUUCAAUCAGCUUCCCGAAAUUUGGCGCUAAAUCACAAAAAGGAGCAUUAGACGUUAAUGUAACUGACUCAGAACUAGAAGGAACAAAUAUAAAAAGUGAUAUUUCUAAACCUGAUGUUAAAUUACAAGUACAGCCACCCAGUGAUGAAUCUAAAGUUGAAAAGAGUGCCGACAUGCCUGAGGCUGAUUCCAAAGGACAGCAAGUAAAAGUGAAGAGACCAAGCUUUUCAUUUCCUAAGUUUGGGUUUUCCAAACCAAACAUUGCAACUCCAGAAGUUGAUGUCAGCAUACAAAAAGUUGAAGUAUCUAUACCAGAGGGUAAUGUACCCAUAAAAGAACAAACAGUAGAAGUUACAUUUCCAGGAAGAGAAGAUGAACAGAAAGAACUAACAAUUGUUAGUUCCCCAACCAAAUUUAAACUACCAGAAGUUAACCUGCCAAAAUUUGGAGUCAAAAGUUCAAAAGGUACAGCAAGUUUACCAUCAGCAGAUAAGGACAUUAAAGGAAUAGAAAUUACUGCUCACGAACCAGACAUCAAGAUGUCUGAACAAGUGCCAAAAAUUGAAAAAGAGGCAGAUAUACAUGCCACAAUAAGAGAAACUGAUAUUAAUCUAGCAGAAGGUAAGGUGAUACUACCCCAACCUGAUGUUGAUGUUCAAGGCAUAUCCAUUGAAGGCAAAGCAGAUAUACCUGAAGUUGACUUGAAAGGGCUUGAUGUGAAAUUGAAGAAGUCAAGCUUUUCACUUCCAAAAUUUGGUUUUUCAAAACCAGAUAUUAAGGGGCAUGAUGUUGAUGCCAGUCAACCAAAGGCAGAUAUGUCUAUGCAAGAGGGCAACAUAUCUGUUAAAGGCCAAGAUGCAGAAAUACAUUUCGGAGAUGAAAUGAACAAACAAGAAGAUCCAACGCAUACAAAGUUUAAGAUGCCCUCAAUCAACUUCCCAAAGUUUGGACACAAAUAUCCAAAGUCCACAUCUGAUUUUCCAGAAGCUGAUGUAGAUAUCAAAGAACCUGAAAUCAGUUUCUCAGAAACAGGAGAGGUACAAACCACUGACAUGGAAACAAACAUAGAUAUUAAGGGGCCUACUGUUAAUGUUGACAUUAAGGUCAAAGAGAUGGACACUGAUGGGACAGGAAGUAAGUUCAAGCUGCCAAAUUUUGGAAUUGGCAUGCCAAAAGUAAAGGAGAUAGAGACGGAGGGUAAAGAAAUAAACAUAGAGACUGGCCUGCUGUGUGAAGGAAAAGUUCAUGUACAACAGCCUGAUGUUGAAAUUCAAAAUGUGACCAUUGAGGGGAAAACAGAUAAAGUUGAAGUUGAUUCCAAAGGAAUGAAAGUGAAACUUCCCAAACUGGGAUUUUCAAAACCAGAUCUUAAGGCUCCUGAAAUUGAUGUGAGUCUACCCAAAGCUGAUAUGGGCACGUCACUGGGACAUGUUGAUGUUUCAGAGCAAUCGGUAGAAAUUAAAUUACCAGAAGAACAACCUGAUUUGAAAGAGGACACUUUUGGCUCUCCAACAAGAUUUAAACUUCCAACAUUCAAUUUCCCAAAAUUUGGAACCAAAACAUCAAAGGACACAGUGGAUAUUCCUACAGCACAUGUGGACAUCAGUGAAGUUAGCCUUACUGAUAAGAAGUUAAACAUGUCAGGAGAAGUAGCAAGUGUUGACAUGAAAGAGCCAACAAUAAAUGUUGAGUAUCCAUCCAUUGAGAUGGACAUUAAAGGAAAGGAUAAAGAACAACAAGAGAGCAAAUUUAAGCUUCCAAAAUUUGGGAUUGCUCUCCCAACAACUAAAGGUCCUGAGAGUGACCAAGGGUUUAAGAAGGCUCUGACUGAAACAGAAGUGAAAAUGUCAGGAGAUGUGCUAACUACAGACAAGAAAGAGCUAAAGUUACCCAAAGGAUCAGUGGAAUUGGAUAUGCAAGCCAGUGAAAUGACAACAGAUAUUUCGCUACAGGGCACUACAGAAAUGGGAGAAAGUGAGAGAGAUGGCAAAACAGAAAUAACAAGUCCACAAUUUGGCUCUCCAACAAAAUUCAAACUCCCAACAAUAAAAUUUCCAAAAUUUGGAUUUUCCACUUCAAAGGUCACUACUGAUGCUCCUGAUUCUGAGAUCAAGGAAAUUAAAGGUAGUUCAGUGGAUUAUGAGAUAGAGACAUCAAAAGUGGAUCAAUCAGAUGACAUCGAAUGCAAAACUGCAGAGAUUGAAACCCCAUCUAUUGACAUCAACAUAAAAGCAAAAGAGAUUAAUCAAGAGGGACAGGAAACUAAAUUUAAACUUCCAAAAUUUGGGAUUUCGUUACCCAAAGUAAAAGGUCCUGAGGUGACAGUAACUGCAAAAGAAAUAAAAACAGGAACACCUGAGGUGACAGUAACUGCAAAAGAAGUAAAAACAGGAACACCUGAAAUUGGGAUCACUGAACCAGAAAUUAAAAUCGCAGCAGAUGAUGCAAGUCUCCCAAAAUUAGACAUUGCUUUAGAGGGAAGUUCCAGCCUUGAAAAAACAGAGGUAGAGACAGAGUUGAAAGAUGAUAACGUUGCUGUUUCAGGUUCUCCAAGUAAAUUCAAAUUGCCUACUUUUAAAAUGCCAAAAUUUGGAAUGUCAGCACAAAAAACAUCUGAUGCAAAAGGAAAAGUAGCAGAAGUAAAUGUACCAGAUACUAAAACUGAUCUAAAUAUUAAAGACAAGCCUUUACAAGUAGAAGUGCCCAAAGAUAUACACCGAGAGGGUGAAAUUAAAGAAACCACUGAACAGCCUCCAGAGGUUGCUGUUAAAAAACUGGAGGGUGACAAAGGCUCCCCAAGUAAAUUCAAACUUCCUACUAUAAAAAUGCCAAAGAUGAGCCUUUCAAGAACAAAAUCUCAGGAUGGAGAAGAUGACACAACCAUAAAAGCUCAUGCUCCAGAAGCUAAAACAGAACCAAAAGAUGAUGCACAAGGAUCUGGAAAGUCACCCAGAUUUACAAUGCCUAGACUUGAGGAUGUUCUCAGUGGCUUUGAGGUUGAAUUUAAUGUUCCAACAAUAGAGGAAAUGGAAGCACAAAUGGACAAACCAUCUGUUAAGCAGGAUCAGGAGGCUGGAGAAAAAGUCGAGGAAGCAGCAGAACAUAAGGACAAAGGAGUGCAGGAGAAAUCAAAGUUCAAAUUUAAAUUCCCAAAAUUAGGAUUCAGCCAGUCCUCAGAUGAAAGUGAUAAGUUAGCUGACGCUAAGAUUGAAGAAAGUGAAAAACAUUUGGAGGCUUCAGCGGAUCAGAAAUCAGCUGUUAGCAAAGAACAAGAAAAAACUGAAAAAGGAAGCUGGUUCAAGUUCUCAUUUUCGUCUCCAACCAAAACUACAAAAUCUGAUGAGAAAGAAGAAAUAAUCAAACCGCCUGAAGAGGCUAAGAAGUCUGAUGAUGUAGAGAAAGAAUCCAGCAAGGCACAAGAGGAACCUGAGAAGAACUCGCUCAGCGAGGCUGUGGAAGAAAACAUCAGCCCAACUUUAUCACUAAUGUCAUCUGAUGCUUUUGCAGAUGUAAGUUCUGCAUUAACCACUGAGCAGAUUGGCCUGUCACAGACCUCUCCUACAAAAGUUAAAGUGAAAUAUGCGGAACCCACUGCCACCGUUGGGGUCAAUGAUGUACAAACUAAUGUUGUGACUUCCACAGCCAGAUGUGAACUGAUAUCAAUGGAGCCUCACCAGCCAGAGAAAGUCAACAUCCCAUUCUCAUCAGAUAUGUCCUCACCCUCAGUGGACACUCUGAAACAGAUGUCAGGGGAAAUUCAUGUCAUCACAUCGAACAUACAAGCUAUACCAGAAACACAGCAAGCUGCAAUCCUUACUAAUUUAGAUGCUCAUGGAAUUCACACCUCACCAUUACAAAUAACACUAGGCUCAGACUCAGUGUUGACAGUGGAGGAAACCAGAGUGCAAAGUGGGAAGCAAACAUUGGUGGAAAAACAUGUUGUGAAAGAAACAUUACAUGAUGAUAAAGAGACAAUAAUUGUGACACAGAGAACACGUGUGUUUGAAGGAGACUCUGCAGAACCCAUUUCUGACGAGACGGCUUCCUCGAUUCGUAGGCUGAGAGAUACGGUACACACUGAGAAAAUGAGGUUUUUUGACAGCGUAGAAAAAAGAGAAGAGGUCACAGUUGUGAGCUAUGAAACAUCUCUAAGACAUGUGGAUUCCUCUACCGAUGAGAAUGGGGGGAAUUGAACAUGAUAUAUGGCUGAGUUGAUUUUAUGCUUUUGAAUGUAUGUUUCAGUGUUCUCUUAUAUAAUCAUAAGCCAGCUGAAUUGUAACGCUAAUUAAGUAAAAUGACACUUACUUAUGAACAUAUCACAGAGUAUUGUUUAGCUAAUGGAGAUUUUAAGCUUAAGAAAAAAUAUAUAUCCACUGUACAAACUAUGUAUGUACAAGGAAUAAUAGGAAAAAAAUGAUUACAUUAUAAUUUGGUGUGUGUUUUGUCAGUGCACUUUACUGUAAAACUGUUAUCUUGGGAAAAUUGUUUACAGUGCAAACUCAAUAGCAUAAUAUUCAAGCAAACACCAUUUAAAUAGAUAUAUUCACAAAUAAAAUUAAUUAUAAAGUUGGUGUAGCUUUCAAAGACUGUUGACAGUAUCACAUAUUGAGGCAUUUUUUUUUUCUUUGAGGUUAUCUAUUUUGAGAAAACUAUAUAAUUGCAUAUAAAUCAGUGUUUCUGCAGCCUUGACAAUAAAUAAAAAUAAUUGUGUAAA